AUGGGAUUGAGGAAAACACACAAAUCUUUCUCUUGUAAUUUAGACAGCAGGACUGAAGAACCCGUAGUUGAAAAAGCAAUCGACGAAACAGGAUUUGGGAAAUUCAACAUAAAAGUAACGAUAAUAUCUUAUUUAAUUUAUUUAAACGCCGCUGUGGCUAAUGGAGUUACUGGAUUUAUUCUUCCGGCAGCUGCCUGUGACUUUAGAAUGAAUACAGUUGAAAAAGGACGAUUCGGCACUGCAUAUCUGGCUGGUAGUGCAUGCCUAAGUCCAUUUAUUUGCGGAUUUUUAUCAGAUUUAAAGGGUCGUAGGUGGAUCCUAAUAGUGACAUUAUUUCUUCAGGGACACUCUGAUUUAUUUCAGUCAAUUGUGCCUAACUACUGGGGUUUGGCUAUUAUUCCUCUGAAUUUUGAGUACAGACACGACUUUUUUUUCUUUCGUUCCUGGAAUUUGUACGUUAUAAUUUGCUCUUUACCUCCUUUUCUCAUUGGUUUCUGCUUCAUUUUUUUUCCUGAAACACCUAAGUAUUUGGCAGAAAUGGGAUCAAGUGAACAAUUACUCCAGGUUCUUACUAACAUGUAUGAGCAAAAUGUGGGAAGACCAGGGAAAGAAUACAUAGAUCAGCAAGAUGCGUAUGGCUGUGAUAGAGCAAUUGACCAUAGCGUUUUUAUUAAUAAUUUAUAUAUGUCUGCAGCCUGUGCUCCGGCUGUUCUCCCCAUUACAUUUUUUGUCAAUCGUUUGGGAUUUAAAUUUUUCAUAGCCUCUUAUUCUAUCGUAUCCUCAGCUUUGAUUCUUGGAGUUUACUUUGUUAAUUCUUCAAUGCAAAAUUUAAUUCUUCUGUGCCUCUACUUUUCACUGCUAUCAGUUUGCAUAACCGGCUCAUUUGCAUUCUUCGUCACAAUUUUCCCUACAAAUCUCAGGUCAUCCGGAGUUACAUUAACAUCCUUUGUAUCUCGUAUAGGAGGCGUAUUUGGGAAUACUAUUUGUAGUUACCUCAUCGAUAAUCACUGUUUUUAUCUUAUUACGGUAGUAACUCUACAACUUGCAGCGAGUCAGCUUUGCGCGGUGAAAAAGGCAGUAAACGCAAACAUUCAACUUUCCACAAUAACACUAUGUACACGGAGAAAAAUGGAUGACCAGCCUGAACAUCUAGAGUGUCAGGCUGACAUUUUAGUUUUAACUAUGGGACAGCUCCCUAAAUGGACUGGCGUACCAUCUGCAGAGUGUCAAAAUAUGAUUGUUGGGUUUACUGUCCCAGAAUGUCAAGCUUACACCGAAAAACUGGGGUUUCCAUCAGAACCCAUUUUUGAUUCUAAAGGAGCUUCAACAAAAGUAAACCCAACUUCCUAA